AUGAUUGAUUAUGACGAGACUCCUAAGUCAGAAUUAUCAGAUGGUAUUGCAACCUUUGGGUCUUUUUCCAGAAAAGUUCAAAGAAAAAGAACAAUAGGAAGACGAUCAAUGGAGCAUGGUUCUAGUAUAAAUGAAGAAGCGUACGAUGAAGAUUGUUUUGAAGACAUCUAUUAUCAUAGCGUAUUACAUAAUUCAAGGAUUUCGAAAAAUAGCUCGACGAAUCUUCCCGUUUGUAGUCCCUGCAGCUGUGCGCUUUUUUAA